AUGGCUCCAGCCACAUCAGCUGCCCAGCAUGGCGAUAACAUUGCCCAUGCCCUCGCAGGUGCUGGUGGGGGUCUCCUCUCUAUGACCUUGACAUACCCACUCAUCACGCUUUCCACCCGUGCACAAGUUGAAUCCAAGCGCGCUCAAUCGUCAACCUAUGAUGCCAUUCGUCGCAUCGUCCACCGAGAGGGCGUGACAGGUCUUUACUCGGGCCUGGAUAGCGCCCUUUUUGGCAUAAGCGUUACCAAUUUUGUCUAUUACUACUGGUACGAGUGGACCCGUGCCUUCUUCGAACGUGCAGCAAUCCGCAGCUCGCGCGCAUCUAAGAAGCUCACAACGAUCGAGUCUAUGAUCGCCGGAGCUAUCGCCGGUAGCGCCACUGUCCUCAUCACAAAUCCAAUAUGGGUUAUCAAUACGAGAAUGACAGCCCCCCUAUCCGAAUCCUCUUGUUCGAACCUUCCCACAUCUUCCACAACGCCCGACAGGCCGGCACGAAAACCAUCGAGCUUUGCAACUGUGAUGAGAUUGAUUAGAAGAGAGGGUCCCACUGCUCUUUUCGCAGGGGUAUUGCCUGCGCUUGUUUUGGUGGUAAAUCCGAUAUUGCAAUACACGAUCUUUGAACAGCUGAAAGAUGUCCUCGAGAAGCGGAGGAGAGUUACUUCACGCGAUGCUUUCUUUCUCGGGGCCAUUGGCAAGCUACUGGCGACUAGCAUCACUUACCCAUAUAUCACGGUGAAGAGCAGGAUGCAUGUGGCAAGUGGGGAGACUCCUCGGGACGGCGUGAUUCAGAGUCUCACGCGAGUUGUGAGACAAGAGGGUUGGAGUGGACUUUACAAGGGCAUUGUACCGAAAGUCACCCAGAGUGUUAUCACGGCUGCAUUUUUGUUUGCCUUCAAGGACGCACUUUAUGAGAUGAGCGUGCACGCGCGGAGAAAGGUACCAGCGAAGCUACCGCGGGAAAAUAAGAAUUAA